AUGCCACCCAAGGGAAAAAGCACUUCCAGGAUUAACAGUUCUGACAAGAAGACUCAAGGCCCCAAAGGUGGUGGCAAUGGAGUAAAGGUCAGACACAUUCUGUGGGAAAAACAUGUGAAAAUCGUGGAAGCCAUGGAAAAGUUAAAGUCUGCAAUGAGAUUCAAUGAAGUGGCUGUACAGUAUAGUGAAGAUAAAGCCAGGCAAGGGGGACACUUGGGUUGGAUGACCAGAGGUUCCAUGGUGGGACAAUUUCAAGAAGCAACAUUUGCCUUGCCUGUGAGUGGGCUGGAUAAGACUGUGUUUACAGAACCUCUGAUUAAGAUAAAAUUUGGAUAUCACAGUAUUAUGGUUAAAGGGAGAAAAUAA